UGUUAUGACACAUCCGCAUUAUCUCCUAAGUCGGGUGUUGUCUAUUCACAUGCACGUUACGGUAAGGAGAAGUACCCAUCGGAGCUUCAUUGCAGCUACGAAAUUCGUGGAACAGCGAACAGCGAGUUCAAGGUUGAUAUCGUGGAUAUGGACAUUGAAGAAUCAGGACACUAUUCAGGUCAGUUUUCUGUCCACUUGUACACGAAAAUCUUUGAGUUCAUAUUCGCUUUACUCGCUAAAGGUUGUUAUGACACAUCCGCAUUAUCUCCUAAGUCGGGUGUUGUCUAUUCACAUGCACGUUACGGUAAGGAGAAGUACCCAUCGGAGCUUCAUUGCAGCUACGAAAUUCGUGGAACAGCGAACAGCGAGUUCAAGGUUGAUAUCGUGGAUAUGGACAUUGAAGAAUCAGGACAAUGCCUAUUCGACUAUAUGAGCAUUGGUGCCUACGAAUCGGACGAUCCAUACUACUUUUGUGGAAAAGACAAACCAUCGUUCCCGAUCCUCAUUCCAAGUUCAUCCCUUCUGAUCACUUUUGCAUCGGACGCUGCAAACGACGCGAAAGGAUUUAACCUUACGUACGAGGCGAUAGAAAAAGAACCGUUGAAUACAACACAAUGUGGAUUUGCUCCAAAACAAAAGACAGUUUCUAAAAUCGCUCGGCUAAUUGGUGGCAUGCCUGUUACACUGGGGCAGUGGCCUUGGAUGGUAUCCUUGUGGGACUCAGGCGUGUUCAAAUGUGGAGCUAGUAUCCUCAACAAAAAUUGGCUGCUUACGGCAGCGCACUGCUUUGCGAAGGACUUCACCCCAUCCACAUGGCAUGCUGUCGUGGGUGAUCUUCUGUUGGAUCGAUUCGACACUCAAGAACAACACAUUGAGGUUAAGCAGAUCCAUAUUCAUCCAGAAUAUAGGUCGCGUGGACGCUACGAUAACGAUAUAGCGCUGAUCGAACUUAAGUCACCCAUUAUCUACGGACGAACGGCCAUCCCAAUUUGUCUGGAAUCCCCGGAUUCACAAACCACUGUGGAAGCUGAUGCACUGGAGCCUAAUUCCAAUGUGACAUGCUAUAUUGCUGGCUGGGGACGUUCAGAAACACAAGCAGUCUCCAACGAGUUGCGUCAACUGAAGUUGAGUUUUCUCAGUCUAGCACAGUGUAACAAAACGGAGGCCUACAAAGGAAAGCUGACCUCGUCUAUGCUCUGCGCGGGAUAUAUGAGUGGGGGCAAGGAUUCAUGCAAGGGAGACAGUGGUGGACCUUUAAUGUGUCAAGAAGAAAAAAGUGGACGAUGGUUCCAACUUGGAAUCGUAUCUUUUGGAAAGCAAUGUGCUGCUCCUGGAACACCUGGACUCUACAGCCGCGUGUCUGUAUUUCUCGACUGGAUUAAAUCCCUCGCAGAAUUGGAAAAACCC